UGUGCUGGCUCUGUGUGAAAUCAUUAUUAUACUUAUUAUACAGUUUAUUUAUUAUACGGCCAGCAGGCUGCGCGCUCGUCACUGUUGCUGUGCCUCGGCCUCCCAUUGGUCGCCGGUUCUUUGUGGGCAGAGUGUGAAGCUGCUGAUUGGCUGAGCGCAUCCAUCGCUGUAAAUGCCCGUCUGUAGGACAGAGAGGGGCAGCAGCGGGCGCGCGGUGAACAGCUGAGUUAAAGAGCGCAGAGCCGGACAGCGCGUGCACUGCUGUACCCUGACUGACUAUAACCUCCCCCGGGACUCAACUGCAGAACCGGCAGCUUCACACCAGCUCAUUCAUCCAGGUGCUGAGAUGGGAAAUGCCUUAUAAGCACAUCAGGCACCACGUCCGUCUGCUGCCAUGACAACCAGCUGCAAUAGCCAGUUACCUGAGGUGUUGACGGACCACGCGGACACUGCGCUUUUGAGAUCUGAUGGAGAGGUAUCUGUUCCAAUGGGGAACCUGGACUGCUGUGACCCCGCCCUCCCUGGAAAAACUAUGGGUCCUGACAGCGGGCCAACAAACGAGGAGCCGCAGUACUGCAAGCAAAAGGACGUGCCGUUUUUAAACAACGUAACAUUCACCAAACAGAGUCCUCUCGUGGAUCGACCCAUGUGCAGGAUCUGUCACGACGGCGGUGGGCAGGAGGAGCUGCUCUCACCGUGUGAGUGUGCGGGGACUCUGGGCACCAUCCAUCGCAGCUGCCUCGAGCACUGGCUCUCAGCUUCCAGCACCAGCUUCUGCGAGCUCUGCCACUACCAGUUCAGUGUGCAGCGUAAAGCACGGCCUCUGCUGGAGUGGCUGCGUAACCCCGGGCUGCAUCAAGAGAAGCGCACACUGUUCGGAGACAUGGUGUGUUUCCUGCUCAUCACGCCGCUAGCCACCAUCUCAGGCUGGCUGUGUCUGCGGGGGGCUGUGGACCACCUUCACUUCUCCAGCAGACUGGAGGCUGUGGGCCUGAUCGCUCUCACUGUAGCACUAUUCACUAUUUACCUCUUCUGGACCCUGGUGUCUCUCAGGUAUCACUGCCGUCUGUAUAACGAAUGGCGUCAGACUAAUCAGCGGGUCGUUCUUCUGCUGCCCAAAUCACAGCGAGAAUCGCCGGGUAACCCAUCACUGCCAGGACUGCCACGGACCAAACGACCGUCCAAAGAAACUAUAGUCUGACAGGACUUUGGACUCUAAAGGAGAGGACACAGAGGAGCAUGGCCUCAACUUGAGAACUGUGGAGACUGAUCUGAGUCUUAGCAGGAGAUUCCAGAGUGGAUUUACUGAGACACACUGAUGAAUUUGGUCAUCUUGUUUAACUCUGAGACUAACUGAGACUACUGAAGGAUGUGGAUUGCUGUUUCAGAGCAUUGGAGACAGAAAAAACAGCUGUUUGUUGACUGUAAAGUUGCUGUUUUCAAUAGCAACUCGUUAGCAUGAUGCUAACAUUAGUUGUGGACAUAACAUGCUCUUCAGUAUAUCUCAUUCGCUGCGUUGACUUGGGAACAUUGAGCAACAUUAAGGAUCAAUGACUGUUUUUGUUAAACCUGGACAUUGGCAACACAUUGACAGUUCAGAGUCAGCAUGGUUCAUUUGUUUUCUGCUGGACUCCAUGCAUACCCCAUGUGUACUAAAAUAAGGUAUAAUAUUUAACAUAUAUAUCCAGUUCAAACUGAAUGUCUUUCCAAACUUACCUUAAUUUGUGGAAGGUUCAAACUCAGUAGAUGCCUUUCAUAUCAUAUGUUCAUACAUAUAUGACCAUAAGUAUCCAGACUACCCUUCUAUUGCUGACACUGGUGUCCAUUUUCACCCAAAUUGGACAAUAGAUAAUUAAGUAGUAGUAAAGAUGUGUUACCCUUAUAAAAAAAGCACUGUCAAUAGUAAAAUGGGCUGCUGAUAUGGCUGCACAUGAGCCUAAAGCACUGGAGCUGCGUCUGUAGAGAGAUUUGUAUAAUGAAGCACCAGCCAGUAUUCUGGGAUGAGUAGAACAUGUCGCAUUUCUGAUUUAGCACUAGCAUCAAUCAUCCAACUUCAAUGCCUGGCUUGACUUAUUAUUCUCUUAUGACUGAAUACAAUCAAUACAAAUCCCCCAGCUAUAAAUACGGUGGCAAAAAAGAGACAAAAUGCUCAUUUAUUCUUCGUAAUGUCAGUAGAAACAUCAGAAAAGGUGUCUCACAAAACACUGGACAUACACUUUGGACAUUGGCCAAAAGUCAUGGGAUAGCAAAGUCAUAGCAUAGCAAAACAAUGUGUCCUAUGACUGUUACCAUCCCAUCCCAUAGAAGGUAAAGAACACUGCACUGACAUUCAGGAUAUGCAUGUGGGCAUAUCCCAUGAACAGUAAGUUUUAGCCAAAUGCUGCUGCUGCACUGUGUGUGGUAAUGCCUUCUAAGAUUCAUUCAUAUUCAUGGUAUACUGAGACAAAGGUGUCAAAAGUAUUCAAAUGCAUUACUCAGGUAGAAGUGUAGAUACUGGGGUUUAAAGGAUAAAAGUAUAAAGUAAUGUAAGGGGGAAAAAUGAAAUGCCAUUAAUGACAAAAGCUAAGGCCAUGCCAUAGAGUCCUAUAGUGCACUAGUACCUUCCCUCCCCUAAACACAUUUUACUAAAAGUUAUAAAUUAUAUUAUAAAAGCUAUAAUGUUAUAUUAAAAUUCUAAUGUUAAGAAAAAAAAUCUGUGCAAAUAUAUUUAAGAAGCUUAGUUGGACAUUUUACUCAAGUUCUCCUGAGUCUCUCUUGAGUUCAUACUAGGCUACAUACGUCUGCUAUGUUCAAGCUGGAGUGUGGGCGUGAUGUGUUUAGGUGUGAUGGAUACACGCAUAUAAACCAAUAGGGUGUCAGAAUGGUAUAUGUUUAUACUUCUCUACAUCCAACCACAAUCAGAUUCACUUUAUUUGGAUAGGGUUUUUUUUUUUUGAACAAUGAGAAACCAGAAUUAAAUGAAAUAGGACAAACAAGGCUAUUUUUAAAAUGUAAGUUCAGAUAAUUGUGUGAAAUGAUAAUAAAUAGAAGUAAAAAUUGGCUGUAGAAUAAUUACCAAAAAUUCUACUUAAGUAUGGUAAUAAAGUAUUUGAUUUUCCUUACUUGACACCUCUGUACUGAGAUGCCAAAUUUUGUAAGACACGAAACCACGAACCAUUAGCACACAAUGCACUGCACUGUCCACUGUAGUUGUGUAGCAAUGUGUUUUAUGAUGUAUUCCCACUACACGUGACACUGUGGAUUGAGGAACUUUAAAUGUUAUCUGUACAACUUUGAAUUCUGAACAUUCUAUCCAUCUAGCACCCACUUUAGAUCCCCGCUUGAUAAUUCACGUCAUCUUGCCAUGAGCACACUGGAUAGUGUUGAACCUUACUUACACAGUAGCACCUCACAACGUAUAUAUGUCUGGGUGUUCCCAAGCCAUGUCAUGUGUGGGGUAACACUCUUCCCGAUCGGUUUACAUACUUUUGUCAUGUCAGCUGUCCCAUAACUUUUGGCAUGGGUUAGAUAAAUAGCAGCAGGACUAAACAAUAAACAGUCUUGAGGGAAAGAGUGGCUGAAAACUGAGAGACGCACAAGAAAACACAAAGCCUGGUCUGGUAAAUUCCACAUCAUUCUCCAAGUAGACCAUGAAUUCUUGUUCUUCCCCCUCAACAAGGCUUGGGAGACUGUGGUGGAUCGUUCCUAACUGCAGCGCGAUGUGAAAUAUGCUUUUAAUAAGGAUUGCUGUGCAUG